AUGUCUGCUUAUGAGAAUGUUUUCGCCGGAAAGCUGAGGUUGAAAGGCAAAGCUUUGGAUGCGAGGACCGGUGGUGUUGGGAAGAAAAAGAAGCACAAAAAGCAAUACGACCAAAUAUCUCAUGCUGUAGGCUAUGAAUUGAAAGGUGGAAAUGACGAACAGUCAAUGGAUCUUAUUGGGGUGGAUAGCGAAAAAGAAAGAACGCAAAAUGAUGACCGUCUCACUCCAGCAGAGAGGCGGUAUCUCGAGUGCUGGAAAAAAAUCGACAUCCAAAGACUUGCCAAGGCAGCCAACAAAUCACACCGUGACCGUAUUCAAGAAUUUAACCAUUAUCUGGCUAAUUUAAGUGAACACUAUGACAUUCCCAAGGUUGGGCCUGGCUAA